GCGCUACACUGCGCCGGGCGGGGAGCGCAGCCCCGCGGGCCGCCCGGGGCCCCGAUCCAGCCUGGCCCCGAUCCCCGCGUCGCGGGGCCGCAGGCCGGAGGCCAGGGGGAUGGCCGCAGCGGGCUCUGCUCAGGUGGCGUUCGAGGACGUGGCGGUCUAUUUCUCCCCGGAGGAGUGGGCGGCGUUAGCGGAAUGGCAGCGGGAGCUGUACCGGGCCGUGAUGAGGGAGAACUACGAGCUGGUGACCUCGCUGGGGUGGCCUGCUGUCAAACCAGAGAUCCUAUGUAAAAUUGAGCAAGAAGAAGAGCCGUGUGUUGGAGACCCUCCGCAUCCCAGAGAGUGGGGGACCCCCCAAAGCUUCUGGUCAGUAGAUGAUGGAAUCAGGAUUAAAAAGGAGGAGCAGGAGGAAGACACAGAGACCCCGGAACCGCCCAGUGCGUCCUCGGGAAAGUUGGAGGAAGGGAGCAGCCCGCCACAGUGUGUGAAGAAGAAGAAGAGCGGCCUGGCUCGAAGCAAAUCCCGCCAGAAGCUGCGAAGCCGGGUGGCGAAUGCUCAGGACAAACCCCUGAGGGCUCCUCCCCAAAAAGCCUCGCUAAAGAAGAUUCCCCCGACAUGUCCGGAGUGCGACAAAAGCUUCAAGAGUAACACAGCCCUGACCAUCCACGAAAGGAGUCACACGGGGGAGCGGCCCUUCAAAUGCCCUGAGUGCGGGAAGGGUUUCCCAUCCAAGGGGGACCUGAAGAGACAUCAGAAAACCCACAUGGGAAAGGAGGAUGUUGCCCCCGAGAGAGGGAGGAGCCUUUCUGAGAAGCUGCAGAGAAGCCCUCAGGCACCCAAGCGGCCGUACACGUGCGCUCAGUGCGGGAAGAGCUUCAACAAGAGCAGAGACCUCAAAAAGCACCAGCGCACCCACACGGCGGAGAGGCCAUUCCUGUGCCUGCAGUGCGGGAGCAGCUUCCGGCUCAAGCAGAUCCUCGUGUCCCACCAGAAAGUGCACAGGGGAGUGAAGCCGUUCCAGUGCUCGGACUGCGGGAAGAACUUCAGCCAGAAGCACCAUCUCUUGAGCCACCAGCGCACCCACACCGGGGAGAAGCCCUUCUCCUGCACUCAGUGCGGACACAGGUUCAGCCAGAAGCACCAUCUGAUCAGCCACCAGCGCAUCCACACGGGGGAGCGGCCCUUUGCCUGCCCCGAGUGCGGGAAGAGCUUCAAGGACAAGAAAACCCUCAUCAUCCAUGAGCGGAUCCACACAGGCGAGAGGCCCUACAAGUGCAACGAGUGCGGGAAGACCUGCAGCCAGAAGCAGCACUUGAAAAGCCACCAGAGGGUGCACAGGGGCAAGAGGCCACGUGGCAAAGGGGAGGAAGGCCUGGAGGAUGACGUGGGUUUCUGCCGCCAGAAGGUCCCGGCAGAGGAGAAGCCAUAUCAGUGUGCGGAAUGCGAGAAACGGUUCCGGGACGAGCGGAUAAUGCUGGCGCACCAGAGAACUCACACUGAGCAGGCGCUGCUGAAGAGCACGAGGACAGGUGCCAGUCGGAGCCCACAGCCCGUGGUCCAGCAAACGCCCUGCACCAGCACCCCGCAGUGCAGGGCAAACGUUAGCCAGAAGCCACCUCUGAGAGCCCAACAGGGAACCCUGGCUGGCAAGAGACCUUUGGUGUGCAAUGAGUGUGGGAAGAGGUUCAUGCAGAGCAAACGCCUUGUGCUACAUCAAAGGAGCCACACGGCUCUCGCGGGAACCGCAGCGGGGAAAGGAGCAGAACGCCAGCUGCUCCUCCCGGGGCUGGACUGCCCCAGCCCUGUCCUCCGGCGUGGCUGCUGUCAGACGGAGGAGACCUGCGGGGAAGGGCUGGGGGUGUUUUCUCUCCCUCCCGCCGCAGGGGGAUGCCCGGGUGCCCCCGCGCGGCUCCCCGGGAGAGCCGGAGACCUCCGCGCCCGAGCUCCGGGGGCUCCCCGAGCCCAGCUCCGCGCCCCGCGCAGCGCAGCGCAGCGCAUCCCGCCGGCGGCUGCCCGGAGCUCGGCGAGCUUCGUCCCGACGCGCCUGCCCGGCCGAGCCCGGGGGACGAUGCCCGGCGGGGGCCGGGCGCAGGUGCCGGUGUCGUUCGAGGACGUGGCGGUCUAUUUCUCCCCGGAGGAGUGGGCGGCGUUAGCAGAAUGGCAGCGGGAGCUGUACCGGGACGUGAUGAAGGAGAAUUACGAGCUCAUCGCCUCCUUGGGGUGUCCGGGUGCCAAACCAGAGAUCAUCUGUCAGAUGGAGUGUGGGGAAGAGCCGUGUGUGCGGGAGCCCCAGGGCUGGAGAGAGAGGAGAACCCAGAGCCCCUGCUCAGCAGGAGUUGGCAUCACCAUUAAAAAGGAGGAGCAGGAAGAGGGAUGUCGUGGUCAGGAAGAUCCCGAAGCCCUGGCACCGCGGGGGACCGUAUCCGGGAUAGUGGGGGAGAAAGGUCUCCAGCUCUUGGAACUAACGAGCUGCAAGAGCGAAAGCGGGUCCCGCCGGAAGCCGAGAGCCCAGGCCGGAGACCCUCAGGGGAGACGAACCGGGAGGGUGGCAGAGAGGCCUCAUGCGUGCCCGAGCUGUGAGAAGAGCUUCAAGGACAGGACGGCUCUGAUAAUCCACCAGCGGAUCCAUACGGGCGAGAAGCCCUUCGCCUGCGCCGAGUGCGGGAAGCGCUUCACGCAGAAGCAGCACCUCACCACCCACCAGCGCACCCACACCGGGGAGCGCCCCUUCUCCUGCGCCCAGUGCGGCAGCAGCUUCCGGCUGAGGAAGGUCUUCCUGACCCACCAGCGGGUCCACGCCGGGGAGCUGCCCUUCACCUGCGCCGAGUGCGGGAAGAUCUUCAACCACAAGCACCACCUGAUCACCCACCGCCGCACCCACACGGGCGAGCGCCCCUUCCCCUGCGCCCAGUGCGGCAAGCGCUUCACCCAGAAGCACCAUCUGCUGAGCCACCAGCGCAGCCACACGGGCACGCGGCCCUUCUCCUGCGCCCAGUGCGGGAAGAGCUUCAAGGACAAGACGCCUCUGAGCAUCCACCAGCUCGUGCACACCGGGGAGAAGCCGUUCUCCUGCGAGGCUUGCGGGAAGAUCUUCAGCCACAAGCACCACCUGGUGAUCCACCGGAGAACCCACACGGGCGAGAAGCCCUUCACCUGCACCGAGUGCGGCAAGCGCUUCACGCAGAAGCACCAUCUCGUCAGCCACCAGCGCAUCCACACCGGGGAGCGCCCCUUCGCCUGCUCCCACUGCGGGAGGAGCUUCAAGGACAAGAUCACCCUGAAGCUGCACGUCAGGCUGCACACCGGGGAACGGCCCUUCGCCUGCGCCGAGUGCGGGGAGAGCUUCCGCCUGAAGAAGGUGCUGCUCACCCACCAGCGGGUGCACACGGGGCAGGCCCCGCUGAUCUGCACCGACUGCGGGAAGACCUUCAAUCACAUGCAGCGCAUGGCCAUGCACCAGACGAGCCACCACGCCCAGCGGGGGCCGUUCCGGAGAGCCCAGCGCGGGGAGAGCUGCUCGGGGAAACCACAGCUCCGACUGCCCCAGCCGGGCCAGCCCGCCGGCUGCUCAGCGCACGCAGCGACCUUCCAGCCGCCAGCACCCGGGGGCUCCCCCUUGGCAACAGGCGGAGUAAGUCCUGGGCCUCAAUUAUACACGGAGCCGGCCCCGCGGGAUCGCCCCGAAGAAACCAUCUGACUGCGGGGAGCAGGGAAAGCGUCACUCACGAGCGCAGUCCGAACCCCCCCAGUCCCGUGCGAUGGGAGUCAUUAAUCCAGCAGCACGGCGCCGGCGUGAGACAGAAACCGAAGACAGCCCGGCUGUCCCAGCGUAGCCCGGGUCAGUUCCCCUGUAAAACGGUCCGUGCUCAUCAGCGGGAGAGACGCUGCGGACACGGGAAAUAACCCCGCUGUGACAGCCUGACCCUGCGCUGCCCUGUGUGUCUCCUGCUGCCGCAUUGGCCACACCAUUUCAGUGUCCCGACGGGCUGGCCCAGAGCCACCUGUGCCCCACCUCCCCGCCACGCGCUGGGGAUGUCUGCGCCCCGGCAGCUUUACCCGCUGGCUUGUGUCCAGGUCACGCACGUAACAAUAGUAGUGCAGACAGCGCCGCGCAUGCGUCAGAGCAGGCUGAGAACGUCCCCAGGGGCUGGGCUGGGCGUGUCCUGCCCGCACGCAAGCCCCUGCGUCCCUGCGCUCAGCGCUAUUGUUCCCCAGGCUAGCUGGCCAGGCCCAGCUUGUGCUGUGUAGACAGACCCACAGCCUGCUAGCAGGGGGUGCAGGGAAGCAGUGCUGGAGAUCCUCGAGAUCCCUUUGUCUGGGCUGCAGGGCGGGUCCCAGCAGCUGCUCUGUCCCACCCUGUCACGUGCUUAGCGCUGCAUGUACCUGCAUCAGGCAGCCAAGGAGCGUCCACCUGCCCUGCCUGAGCCCCAGAAGAGCGAGAAGGAAAAUAUUUAGCACUUACGCAGCAGAUUCGCAGCCCGCUGCCCACUCAGAGACACACGGAGGGCUGUGGAAAGUGGGAGUCUCUGUUGUAGGACGCGUGCGGACGGAGGAGUCACAGCGUUGCAGAACUAGAGAGGGACAAGCCCAGUUCGGUCAUUCAGUCCCUCUCCCAGGGGCUAGCACUGGAUUGUUUCCCUUCAGCACAUCUCCAGCCCCUUGUCCAGUCCCGUUCCAAGCGGUGGGGCUCCCCCGUCCCUUGGCUGACACCCCCACCCAUGCAUCUCGCUGCCAGGAAGUUACUCCUCAUAUUCAGUCCACGGCUUCCCUUUCUCUGUUACAGCCCGUUCUUCCUAGUCACGUCCAGGUGCCAGUCGUGAAUAUCAUCCCUCUGGUGUGUACGCGCUACGUACCCAUAGACUGUCAUAAGAUUUAGUUGGGGGUUGGUCCUGCUUUGAGCAGGGGUUGGACUAGAUGACCUCCUGAGGUCCCUUCCA